AUGAGUGCCUUUCUUCGGACUUUGCUGCUCUGCACCUUGCCAGCCUGGACGUCUGCGGUGAAACACAGCGGCUACAUCUAUGACCGGUUGUGCAUCGAGCGCGGCGUAGGCAUCGAUGGCGUGGACGGGCGCCGCCAGCCCGAACGACACACGGUGCACUGCCUGCUCGUGAGCAUCUGCCAGAACUCCGGCUUUGGCAUCCUCACGAAGCCCAGCGGCGCUGAUCUCUGGUCCUUCGAGGUGCUUUUCUCCGACCGGGGCAAUGCUGACGUCAUCACUUGGCUCGGCACGCAGGAGUACUGGGGCACGGAGGUUCAGGUGGAGGUCGAGGGCAGUUACGACGGCUCGGGGAAGCUGCACGUGGACAGCAUCAAGCGCUUGAACGAUGGCAGUGUGUGGCAAGGACGUGGUGCAGGAGGAACUACUUCUACAAGUACACCGGGAACAACCUCUACUACAACUCUGGGCACUCCGAAUUCAGGCAGCUCCACCACAGGUCCCCCGGUGAGCCCCUCGGCGACUUCUGGCGGUGGGCCUCUCUGGCAGCUGCCGUGGCUCGUCGUCCUCCUACCGGCUCUCCUCCUUCCGCCGCUGGCGUGA